AGUUGACUCAAAGGAAGCGCCGGCCGCCGGAGAGAAAAUCAAUGGAGCAACUGAAGCCAAGUCCGCCCAAUUCAACUCCACUAACUCCUCUCACCUUCUUGGAGAGGGCCGCCAACAUAUACGGCGACGGCGUCUCCGUCGUCUACGAUGACGUCACCUUCACCUGGUCGGAAACUCAUCUCCGCUGCCUCCGCCUCGCUUCCUCCCUCGUCUCUUGGGGCGUUCACAGAGGCGACGUCGUCUCCGUUCUGGCCCCCAACGUUCCCGCCAUGUACGAGCUCCAUUUCGCGGUCCCCAUGGCCGGCGCCGUCCUCAACACCAUCAACAUCCGCCUCGACGCCCGGAUCGUUUCCGUCCUCCUUCGCCACGGCGAGUCAAAGGUUUUGUUCGUUGAUAGUCAGUUCAGAGGUUUGGCGAUCGAGGCUUUGUCUCAGUUCCCGCCGAAUUCGCCGCGCCCUGCUCUCGUUCUCAUCGCCGAUCGUGAAUUCCCGGCGGAGAAAAGCGGCGGAGGAGAGUUCGUUGAGACGUAUGAAGGUAUGAUCGAGCAGGGCGACCCGAAUUUCAAAUGGAUCCGCCCCGUAUCCGAAUACGACCCGAUCGUACUGAACUAUACUUCCGGUACCACCUCUGCUCCCAAGGGGGUGGUUCAUUGCCAUAGAGGAAUCUUCAUUAUCUCCUUAGAUUCGCUUCUAGAAUGGUCCGUUCCGAAAAAUCCGGUGUAUUUGUGGACCCUACCCAUGUUUCACGCAAACGGUUGGAGUUUCCCGUGGGGAAUGGCCGCGGUGGGGGGCACAAAUAUCUGCAGCCGGAAAGUCGACGCCGCCAAUAUCUAUUCCGCGAUUCGCAACCACAACGUGACGCACUUGUGCGGCGCUCCGGUGGUGCUCAACCUGCUAACAAAUUCCGGCGACGGUAAGCCUCUGCCGCGUCCAGUUCAAAUCCUGACCUCCGGCGCGCCUCCGCCGUCGGCGAUUCUGUUGCGAACAGAGUCGCUAGGCUUCGUAGUGAGCCACGGAUACGGAUUAACGGAGACCGCCGGGAUCGUAGUCUCCUGUUCGUGGAAGGAGAAGUGGAACAAGCUCCCGGCGACGGAGCGGGCGAGGAUUAAAGCGAGACAAGGGCUGCGAACCAUCGGAAUGGCGGAGAUGGACGUCGUGGAUCCGGAAACGGGCGCGGCCGUGAAGCGGGACGGGUCGACCCUGGGCGAAGUGGUGCUCCGGGGCGGGUGCGUCAUGCUCGGAUACCUAAAAGACCCGGAAGGAACUGCGAAAAGCAUGAGACCGGACGGGUGGUUUUACACGGGCGACGUGGCGGUUAUGCACCCGGACGGAUACCUAGAAAUCAAGGACCGAUCAAAGGACGUAAUCAUCAGCGGCGGCGAGAAUCUGAGCAGCUUGGAGGUCGAAUCAGUUCUCUACACUCACCCGGCCGUGAACGAGGCGGCGGUGGUGGCCAAACCCGACGAAUUCUGGGGCGAAACGCCCUGCGCUUUUAUCAGCUUGAAACCGCACAUAAAAGAAAAACCAAAAGAAAAAGAAAUCAUAGAGUUCUGUAGGGCUAAAUUGCCGCACUAUAUGGUCCCCAAGACGGUGGUGUUCACGAAGGAGCUCCCCAAGACAUCCACCGGAAAGAUUCUAAAAUUUGUGCUGAGAAAAAUGGCGAAAUCGAUGGGCAGCGGCAACUCAACUUUUAGCAGACUUUAGUGAGUAGUGACUGGGAUCGAUGGGAUGCCGAGUUGACUCAGAUAGUCAUUUUAACUCAACUCGUUUUGUUUGUUUGCAUGCAUGUGAUUGAUUGAAGCCGUAACAAACAGUGCAUAUUAUAUCCACGUAUGUCCCCACUUGGCCGCUUAUAUGGUGAUAAUAAAUAAUUAAAGAUUCCAUGGACCCUCGAGGGGUUCACCACUGUUGACGCCAUAUAUUGUGGGGUCACAAUAUUUAUCGAUAAAUAAAGUUAUGAAUUUAGCUUUA